GCGGUUCGUGUUGUCACUGCCUUCGAGUUGGCGGGUCGCUUUCUAGAGUUCUUCCCUUCCUUGAAACACUCUUCGUUGCUGCUUCAGUAGUACCUCACCCCUCGCUCGACCUGAUUCUACUCACUUCACUUUCUUGUUUCUGACUGUUCUUGUUCAUACUGACUCUUUCCGUCUCUCUCUCCUGUCUUGUCACGCGGUUCUCUCUUCCUGUCCAGUCGACAUGUCCCUGUGAAGCCAACGGGACAAUCCCUCUUUACCCAGCUUUUCCAUCCAAGCCAUCCGCACCCAUUCCAAUACCCAGUACUAAAAUCUCGUUUCGAAAGUCGAGGCUGACUUGACCUUACCUCCUCGACUACAAACCCUCUUACCUGCGGCCAUGGGGCUGUUCAACCGCAAGACCAAAGCUGGUGUUGUCACAGACGCAGCUCCAAACGCCAACCCUGUCGCAGAAAAGCCCAAUGGCUCCAAUGAUUCCACACAUGCCUCUUCGCCCGUCCCUGCUGCCGGAGGAGUCCUCCCUCAAUACAAUCACAACGGUCAUCUGGUAACAAGAGGCAUCCAUCCCGAUGGGGAGAGUGGUCGCAGCGGAAUUCACCCGGUCUAUUUCUUCAAGAUCAUAUGGACAUCGUCUUGCACAGUUUCGAGCUGGGUCAACAUCCUGUGGCCUUUCGUCCCCGCGGCCAUUGCUCUCCACUUUGUCCAUGGCGACCAUCAUCUGUGGACCUUUGCUAUCAAUUACAUCGCUAUGGUUCCCUCUGCCAAUUUGCUCGGGUUCGCUGGACAAGAGCUGGCGAGAAAGCUCCCAAAGGUCAUGGGCAUCCUCAUCGAGACAACUCUGGGAUCUGUCGUGGAGAUCGUUUUGUUCAUGGUCCUAAUUGCUAAAGACAAUGGAACUGGCGAGAUCGGAAGUGGCAAUAAGAUCGUAGUGAUCCAAGCCGCCAUCCUCGGGUCCAUCCUUACCAACCUCUUGCUGUGUCUAGGAUCCUGUUUCUUAGUAGGCGGGCUGGUGCACAAGGAACAAACAUUCCACGCGGUCAUCAGUGAAGCUGGAUCGGGAUUGCUCUUGGUUGCGGGAUUUGCCCUCUUGAUCCCCAGCGCUUUUUACUCCUCAUUGAACCGCAGCACCGUCCCUGACGGCGAAGAAGGAUACACGGCCUCACAGUUACGCAGCGAUACCCUCAACAUCAGCCACGGCGUCUCUGUCAUCCUCCUGGUUGCAUUUGCGCUUUACCUGCUUUAUAAUUCACUUUCCCACGAUAACAUUUUUCAAGAAGUCCUCGAAGCCGAUGAAGAGGCUGAUAGAGACAGGCACAGAGAUCUCAAAAAGCCAAAGUUGACCAUGACCGAGUGUAUCGUGGCCAUUGUCUUUGCCUUGACGUUCAUUUCCCUCAUUGCAGUCUUCCUAGUGGACGAGAUCGAGUUUGUCGUUGCGAAUGGAGUUCCGGACAACUUCUUGGGUCUGGUUCUCGUGCCGUUGGUCGAGAAGGCUGCGGAACAUUUGACUGCCGUCGACGAAGCAUAUGACAAUCAGAUCAAUUUCGCUCUCUACCACUGCCUUGGACCUUCUAUUCAGACCGCCCUGUUCAAUGCCCCUCUGGUCGUCAUCGUUGGCUGGGGUCUUGGUAAGCCGAUGGAUUUGAACUUUGAAAUCUUCAUGGUCGUGCUUCUGGUCAUGUCUAUCUUGGUAGUUGGCAAUUUCCUCAGGGAUGGAUCUUCCAACUACCUGGAAGGCGGUCUGCUUGUGAUUGUGUACGUCAUUAUCGCAGUCACCGCGUGGUAUUAUCCUAAUGCCGAGUUGACCACAUCCAACGGGACUUCGGGAGGGACGCAAAGUAGCGGUGGAGAAGGCACUGAAGCGCUGGUCAAUGUCGCCAAAAUGCUGUUGGCUUGAGUAUAGCACACGUGGCCAUCCAAAAUUCGAUACAUUGGGUCCUUCGAAAAAGGAAAAUUCAACAGGCAUGCUUGUCAGGAUUUUGCGGAUACCAAAGCAAGGCGUCCAGGUGUUCAAUUUCUUGCGCUGAUGACAGCAACUCCUGUUUGCGAGAGCUUUGCAUCAUUUGACGACAAAAGAUAUAUCAAACAGAGAGCUUUGUGCUCACGAAUCGCUUACCAUGACCGCUGGGGUAGAGUCCGUCCGUUCCAAGAUACCUACCAAGUAUAUGGAUCGGAUGUAGGAAGGGGUGCCAGGGGAACCCUGCAAGGCUACUACCGCGCGAGGCUACGUCAUGCUUUGGCUUUCCUGGCCCCGUCGUGCCCGUGUUCCGGCCAGGGAACAAGUUCGACGGAGGGGGUACGGAGGGGGUACGGAGUAGAGAGCCAUCGGCUACGAGUUGCGCUCUACUCGGUACUGCUACGUAAAGAUCGUCAAUCCAAGUGAAACAAGGCUGAAGUAGAAUCGAAUCUUAGAGGGCGCGGUCACCGAAUAGAGAUUCCACAAAGGCAGGAGGAGGAGAAACAAAAUAAAUUGUGUCUUUAAAAUAGAACUGGCGUGCAG